GUGGCAUGGAAGUUGUUCCCUGAGGGCCUGAUCGUAGGUGAAAUACCUACCUCGAUUCGUCAGGCUGUUGCCCCUUCAAAAAGCCGGUCUCGACGUCUCAGGCAGCUCAAUCGUUCGGCUUCCAAUCAACAUCCACAGGUUGGAGAUGCUAUCGGCUCCAAUGAUUUGGGUAUCUCCACGCCACGGCCAUCCACUAUCAAGAGCCAGGUGGGAAUGUCGAUUUGUUCACAUUAUCUUCUUUAUCCUCCAUUCGAUGAUAGUUCAGACUAG